AUGCGAAUGUGUCAAAUUCUCAAUCUGGCAUCUCUAGCUGAAGAAUAUUUUCAAGACUUAACAGCUCUUGAAGAAUUACAGAUCUCUCAACUUGGUCAGCUCACAACUUUAUCAAAUAAUAUUGGAUUGCAAAGCCUCCUUUCGCUCCAACUGUUGGAAAUUUCACAAUGUCCAUACUUGGAGGAAUUGCCGGACAACUUGCACAAACUUAAAUCUCUUAAAGUAUUGAGGAUUUGGAAUUGUCCUUCCCUCGUGUCAUUAAUGGGGUUGCCCUCCACGCUUUUGGGACUUGAAAUCAAAAGUUGUGGAGCUUUGCAGUUUUCACCUGAAAGGAUGAUGCAUGAUUCCUGCAGAAGCAAGAAUCCCUUCUCACUUGAAUAUUUGUUUAUUGAAGGAUGUGCUUCUCUCAUAUCUCUACCAAGAGAUGAGCUGUCUGGCUCACUUAAAGAACUUGAAAUCCAAAGCUGCUCGAAUUUGCAGUCCCUUCCAGAGGAGAUGAUUUGCAACAGUAAUUUGCUCGAAACCUUGAAAGUUUCUGGGUGUCCUUCUAUUGCAUCUUUCCCAAAAGCAACUUUUCAGUUGCCCAAAACCCCAUCCAACACUGUCAUGAAACUUAAGGAGCUUAUUAUCAGCAAUUGUAUGAAUCUUGAGUCGUUACCCGAAGGCCUGCAAAACCUUACAUCACUUGAUCACUUGGAAAUAGCUGACUGCCCACUUCUUCAGUCAUUUCCUAAACCUGGCUUGCCCACCUCGAUGCUUCGAUCAAUCAGAAUCUACAAUUGCCAGAAUCUAAAAUUUCUACCAAAUCGGAUGUAUAGCCUUACAUCUCUUGAAGAACUAUGCAUCAAUGGUUGCUCCGGUCUUAUGUCAUUUCCAGAGGGUGGACUUCCCACCAAUUUAAUAACACUUUCGAUCCUGAAUUGUGAAAAUCUCAAGCCCUCAUCUAGAUGGGGCCUUCACAAACUCAAUUGUCUUACCGACUUCUCCUUUGGUGGAUGUCAGGGGUUAGAGUCAUUUCCAGAAGGCUGGUUGCUGCCCACCAAUCUAUCCUCUCUUCAUCUUGAGCACCUGCCAAAUCUUAAAUCCCUUCCCAAGGGACUUAAAAACCUUAAAAAUCUUGAAACUCUAGAAACAUGGAAUUGUGACAGCCUCCAAACCGUGCCAGAAGAAGAGCCGACUAGAAUGCUUCUGAGUCUUUGGGAUGGCUUUUGA